UGCCGCUGGCCUACGCCCUCCCCCCACACCGCCGCCGUGAAACCUCGUCCUCACCUUCUCUCCCCGGUCGAGCAGCAGCAGGUCAGGCGGAGGCGGCAGCCAGAUCUGCCACGUUGAUUCCGGAUCCGCGCCCUCCCCACCCCCGAUUCAUCUCCAAGCCCGCCACCGACACCCAGCCCCACCCCUACCGGCGACCUCCCAUAACCCCAUCACCACCGGCGACCUCCCUCCCUUGCUACUCAACCCAACCCAACACCGAUUCGAUUCAGUUCAGAGACGAAUGCUCUCCCACAUCGCCGCCGCCACACACCUUGGUCCACAACACCAACAAAUCGCCGCUUAAGCUCAGUGCGGCGGUGGUGGCAGUGACGUGCGUGUGUGCCGCUUCUCUCUCGGCUAGAUCCGCCGGUUUCGCUUCCCACACUUGCUCUUGCCUGUCGGUGCGAUGCGUUUCUGCUUCUCUUCACUGGUUGCUCUCCUCUUGUGUUGCGGCUAUGGCGGUCUAGGCGUAGUCUGUGCGUGGGCGCUGAUGUUGGUUGCUUGCUGCAGCUCUGGUUUUGACUACCGGUGGUGGUUGCGACCGGCAGGUGACCAGCAGGAGCGCGGAGGAGGGGUCCUUCAGUUGCCGCCAUGGCUCAGAUCUUGCUCCAUGGAAACCUCCACGUCAACAUCUUCGAGGCCUCGUCGCUCUCCCACCCCGCCCGCGCUAGCAUCGGUGCCCCCAAGUUCAUCCGCAAGGUACAUGAAGGCCGGGAGUGCCAAGGCGCACCUCACGCGCAGGUCAGUAAGUUAUUGUUCGUUCGUUUUUCAUUCAUUUUCUAGAUCUUGCACGCGAGGUGUUUGUUUGAAUGUGCCGACGGCAUUUGAUUGA